AUGAUUAGAAACGUUGAAAAAUUUCAUGCUUAUAAUGUUCUUCCUCUUUUACUUGAUUUUGAUAAUUUGAAUGCUGUACAACGUUGUACUAUCUAUUUUCUUAUACGUUCAAUAGCUCAGAGUGAUAAAUCAUUAUUGAAACAACUUGAAAGUGCAGAUAAAUCAGUACCGGAUAAUUUAAAUAAUCUAUGUUUAUUCAAAAUAAAUGAUCGUUCAUUAGUUAGUCAUUGUGAUUGUGAAUUUUGUAUUGUCACAAAUGAUCUAGAAGAAGAAAAAGAUGGUCGAUUUAAUGGAAAACCAAUUCGUGUAGAAAAAUUUUCUUCUAGUUGGUGUAAAAAGAUCUUUCAGAUGCUAUUAGCAAAACAAAAUAAAUUGAUUUAUGAAGAAGUUUUUGCUACAACGCCAACUGAUCAUGCUAGAAAAUUUAUUCAAAUUACUGUAUAUAAUAACAUAGCUAAGAUGAAAGAUGCUGAUCCAAUAAGAGUAUAUUACCAAAUUUAG